GGCGCGCAUCGACUGCACGCGAGAUCGCAGCGAGGCGUCCGCUUCUGCCAUCUGGCAUCGCAUCAUGCUACCCUUCUGCCGCGUCCUUGUAAAAUUCUCGUGUCUCGUCGAUACUCGGCGACUCUGCAGGACUGUGUCAGUGUGAUAAGCCAUCGGGGCGAUGUUUCGCCUUGCUCGCCAAGCGAGUAGUCGACGAUAACGAUCCGACCGACCGAUGAAGUGAACGUAGUGCGUGCGCGUGACAGGUGCAAGGAAAAACAACAACAGAGCGACGGCGCCAAUUAGAGCUGCUGCGCUCGCAAGUGACAGUGAGACACAUACACACACACACACACACACACACACAAGUUGACCAAAAGCGACUGUUGACUGGUACGCGAGUGCAUCGCCAUGAGGAAAAAGUCGCUAAUUAUGUGCGUGACGGCGCCCCUCAGCGCACCCGGCAAAAUGCUCAAGGAUGCGGCCAGCAAAAAGGCCGGCGAACUGCCCCAUCAGCAGCUACACAACGAAGGUCAACAGCCCCGAUCGUCGGCGGCCGUCAGCAACGCCGGCUCCGCCACCAAGCCUGCCCACACCUCUAUCAUGAUGGUGCGGAUGAUCGGCGAUGAGUUCUUGACCGAGGAACGAGAUCGAAAGUAUUACGCCGACCAUUACACCUGCUGUCCACCGCCUCUUUUCAUCAUUCUCAUUACUCUCGUCGAGUUGGGAUUUUUCACAUAUUACACUGUUACAAAAGGAGAAAUCAACACAUCGGGGCCGGUCCCCAUCGACAGUGUAUUUAUUUAUCGACCAGACAAACGCGAAGAAUUCUGGAGGUUUGCUUUAUACAUGUUUCUUCAUGCAGGAUGGCUUCACUUGCUCUUCAACCUAGGUGUUCAGGUGGUCGUGGGCUUGCCAUUGGAAAUGGUUCAUGGUAGCCUCCGAAUAGCCGCGGUCUACAUGGCUGGUGUAUUAGCUGGUUCUCUUGGUACGUCAGUGUUUGAUACGGACGUUUACUUGGUAGGCGCCAGUGGUGGUGUUUAUGCUUUACUUGCCGCUCAUCUAGCCAACGUAUUACUCAACUACAACAACAUGGAGUUUGGAAUAAUUCGGUUAAUCGGCAUUUUUAUAAUCGCGAGUGCCGACGUCGGAUUCGCCAUCUACCACAGGUACGCAGCCGAGCAGUUGGGGCGCGAGCUCGGCCCUCCAGUCUCCUACGUGGCUCAUCUGACGGGCGCUUUGGCCGGCCUAACGAUCGGCUUACUAGUCCUGAAAAACUUCGAGCAGCGCCUGCACGAGCAAUUACUUUGGUGGGUCGCCCUGGGCGUCUACGCGGCCUGCACCAUCUUUGCGAUCAUGUACAAUCUCAUGCAUCCGGAUUAUCCAUGACGCGAGUAUAGCUUCGCUUACGGACACCCGAUCAAAACGACGUAACGCGAAGCGCACCACGACUUCGACGACGAUGCUCACCUUAGCCUCGUGAUCCUGUGACUGAACCACACACGUUCGUGCGCCUCUUUUCUCCUCCGUUUCUUACCUACAACUCAACAUUAUUUAGGCUUUUUUCUCAUUAUUUCUUGCUAUGCAUGCUCUCAAAAAUCAGUACAUGCCAAAGAUGUUACGCUUAGUCUGUGGGUAUCAGUUGGAAAGAGGUGCACGCAGCCAUCAUUACGAAUGUCAAGAAGCCUUAUGAUAUUGGUUUACUUUUUAAAUGACUGAGGAAGAAUCGUCGCAUAUAAUUCGAAGAAUAAAAACCCAGACAAGACUGAAUAAGAAAGUUUAGCGCGAAGCUACAUGCGCUUCGCGCUGGACCGAUGAUAAAUAACUAUAUUAUAUGUAUAUAUAGUAUAUAGAUACAUAUAAAUGG